AUGGCGAGAGGCGGCAACAACAACAACUCUCAACCCCUUACCAUGGAGGAGAUGAUGGCCAUGAUCAAUGGCCUGUGGGAGGAUAAUGCACGCUCCAGGGAGAGAGAGGAGGCCAUUCAGCGCGAGAACGAGGAGAUCAGGAGGCGAGCGGAUGAGUUACAGGCCAGAAUAGAGGCCAACACCAGAACAGUGGAGGAGGAUGUCAUGCUGGAAGUCCCAAGGGAUUUUCGGCCUUUCUCGGAAGCCAUAGAGGCCGAGGCCAUCCCUAGGGAUCAUCAAAUACCGCAGAUCGAACCCUUCGACGGAACGCAGGAUCCCAGUCAACACCUAACGGAUUUCCGAGCUCAGAUGUUGAUUUGCUGGGGAAGUAUGGAGGUCCGCUGCAAGCUAUUCAUGGGAACACUCAAGAAGGCGGCGCUGGAUUGGUUCAGUGGCCUCCUUGACCGAUCCAUCACCGACUUCGAUGUUUUCAGUCGGAUGUUUAUGGCACAAUUCGCUGCUAACAAAAAGAAGCCGCCGAUCACGUCGGAUUUGUUCGACCUCAAGCAACAACGUGAGGAGUCUCUGAAAGAUUUCCUACAACGAUUUAACGAGGUCGCCUUGAGGAUAACAUCGCUGGACGAGAGGAUGGCGGUCAUCGCUUUCCAGAAAGGUUUGAGGUCCGGAGCCUUCGACAUCGCGCUCGAAAGGGCGAAUUGUCAAACGAUGUCGGAGGUGAGGGCUUUCGCCUUGAGCCACAUCAAGACAGAAGAGAACCAGAAUAUUAAGAGAGCAGUUGAGAACCGAGAAACAAGGGGUAGCAAUAAGGAGGGAAACAAGCAUCUUCGACCGCGAUCAGACUGGAGUAAACGACGUGACCGAUACAACGUGAAGGAGGGCAAUUACAGGCAGGCCGAUCACGGUGGUCGGUCAAGGGGCGAGUGGACGCGCAACAAUGAAGAAGAGAAGUUUACUCCACUCACUGUACCCAGGCGACAGAUACUCCAUGAUGUCAACAGCGCAUCGUUGUUUGAGUUCCCAGCGGCGACGGAGCGUCAGUUGGGCCCUUUCAAAACCGAUUGGUGUGAGUUCCAUAGGACUCACGGGCACUCGGCUGAAAAUUGUUUCGUUUUGGGAAGACAGAUCGAGCGCUUGAUCAAGGAGGGACGACUGAAGGAGUUUGUGGCGAGAAAGUAG